ACUGUGUGCGCGGUUCCGCCAUUCGGGCUCAAAUCUUUAUUUACUUCAAUGCAUGAAAUGUAUCUAAUGAUCCGAUAUGGCGGACAAUUUCAUGCGGAUCUCUUUUCAGCCGGGGUGUGUUUCGCUUUUCAUGGGAAGCUGGCAUUUGAUGCGGUGACUAUCCCAGCUCUGUCAGCACUACUUCUUCCGGGCAGUCUGGACGCCACAGCGAGUCGUUAUCGGAAAGUGACGAGACGGGCCGAGGCUAGCUGGUUCGUAUGCUAAUUUCAGUAGAGGAAAAGAAGCGGCAGAACUAGAGGCAAAUCACUACCCUCGCUUUACCACCACUGGAGACAGCUCUUGGCGAACAGAGGGAUGAAGUUUCAAGCUGAACUCGCAGCACUUCUUCAACACUGGAGGAGAGAGAGCUCAGUCUCUCCGCACAGACCCUGACAGAGAGAGAGAGAGAGAGAGAGACGCAAAUCCACUUUGGAGCAUCUGUGAAGCGGAGGAACGGGAAGAUGCAGACAGCGGUCUGUGGCGGAUCUAACCCGGUGUUUAAAACCAAGGCGACAUGAGCGCGACAUCCAACUCGAAUGUUUUUGUUACCGGUUCUUUGGGGGAUUUUUCUUUCACCGAGUGAAUCUGGACGUGUAGCGGUGACUGCAAUGGAGCGUCGAUCCAACGCGUGAGAGCUGCUGACCGUCUGUGUGUUCGCAGGCUAAUAUUACAGACAAUAAGCAAAGGAAAUUAGCCAUUAGAAACAGUGGCAUCCCGUUAUUUCUAUUGGUAAUUAUAGGAGUCUGUGUUACGAGGCACUGUAGGUAUUUUCCUUUAUGAUACAACUAAGAGGCUAUACUGAAUGUGUUAUUAAUGAUUUAAAAAUCAAUGGUUACACAAGUCACAGGCAGACAGGAGGUUAUUCUGGCUUAUUAAAGGCUCCAUUCAUUCAGCCUGUUUUCAUGAACGUAAUAUAAAUUCUUUUUGUUUGAAGAUUCAGAGGGUAGUCAUGUCAAAAAAUAAGGGUAGUGAGUCUGUGAAGGUGGUAGUUCGAUGCCGGCCUUUGAACCGGAAAGAGGAGUCCAAUGGGCCUGCAGGGGGCAUCGUGCAGAUGGACCUGCGGCUUGGACAGGUGAUCCUCCGAAACCCUCGUGCGUCGGCCAGCGAGCCCCAGAAAACAUUCACAUUCGAUGCAGUUUACGAUGCAAGCUCCAAACAACGAGACCUGUAUGACGAGAGCGUUCGACCCCUGAUAGACUCGGCACUGGCAGGGUUCAAUGGUACCAUAUUUGCGUAUGGACAAACCGGAACUGGGAAGACAUACACCAUGCAGGGUGUGUGGUUGGACCCGGAGAAACGGGGCGUGAUUCCCAACGCUUUUGACCACAUCUUCACGCACAUCUCCCGCUCUCAGUCCGAUAAGCAGUACCUGGUGCGGGCAUCCUACCUCGAGAUCUACCGGGAGGAGGUUCGGGACCUCCUCGAUCCCAACCACGGCACCGCCAGAGCCCUGGAGCUUAGAGAGAGUCCAGACACCGGGGUGUAUGUCCGAGAUCUCACGUCAUGUGUUUGCAAGAGCAUCAAGGAGAUCGAGGAGGUGAUGAAUGUGGGCAACCAGGCGAGGGCUGUUGGGGCAACAGACAUGAACGAACACUCGUCCAGGUCCCAUGCUUUGUUCUUGAUCACGGUGGAGUGCAGCCAGCCGGGACCAGAUGGGAGGAAACACAUUCGAGUUGGACGCCUCAACCUGGUGGACCUUGCCGGCAGUGAGCGCCAAGCCAAGACCGGUGUCCAGGGAGACCGCCUGAAGGAAGCCGCCAAGAUCAAUCUUUCCCUGUCAGCGCUGGGGAACGUGAUCUCAGCACUGGCAGAUGGGCGCAGCGGGCAUGUACCGUACCGGGACUCCAAGCUUACCCGGCUGUUGCAGGACUCUUUGGGCGGGAAUGCAAAGACAGUCAUGGUCGCCACCUUAGGCCCAGCCCCGCAGCACUACGAGGAAACCCUCACCACCCUCCGCUACGCCAACCGAGCCAAGAACAUCCAGAACCAGCCGAGGGUCAACGAGGACCCCAAGGACGCCCUGCUGCGCGAGUUCCAGAGGGAGAUCGCUCGCCUCCGGGCCCAGCUCAACCACAGGAAGUGGAGAAGCAAACAGAAGAAGGAGCAAGUGGAGGGCGAGGGCUGGGAGAGGGAUGGGGAUGAAGAGACGGAGGGCGAGGAUGAGGUGGAGGUGGAGGUGGAGAAGGAGGCACAGGAGUACGUGAAGCUGGAGGAGCAGCGUCUGGAGAGGGAGAAGGAGGCCAUCCGAGAGGAUCAAUUCCUGCUGGCCGAGGAAAAGCAGAGGCUGCUGGGCGAGAAGGAGAGGAUGAUGGGAGAUCUGAGGAAGGAGCAGGAAGCCACCGAGCAGCUGACCGCCAAGUACAAGGCGAUGGAGAGCAAGCUGCUGGUCGGUGGGAAGAACAUCAUAGAUCACACCAACGAGCAGCAGAAGAUGCUGGAGAUGAAACGGCAGGAGAUCGCUGAGCAGAGUCGGAGUGAGAGGGAGAUGCAGCAGCAGAUGUUGGUCCAGGACGAGGAGACGCUGGAGCUGAGAGAGACUUUCACCUCUCUGCAGCAGGAGGUGGAGGCCAAGACCAAGAAACUCAAGAAGCUUUACGCCAAGCUCCAGUGCAUCAAAGCGGAGAUCCAGGACGUGAACGACGAGCACGUGAGGAGCCGACAGGAGCUGGAACAAACUCAGAACGAGCUCACCAGAGAGCUCAAGUUCAAGUAUCUGAUCAUAGAGAACUUCAUUCCUCCAGAGGAGAAGAAUAAGAUCAUGAACCGGCUGACCUUUGACCCUGAGGAGGACCAGUGGAAGUUUCAGCCUCUUGUUCCUGCUGAGAGUAAAUCCUCUCAGAUGAAGAAAAGGCCGACAUCUGCGGUCGGAUACAAGCGACCCAUCAGCCAGUACGCCAGGGUUGCCAUAGCGAUGGGAGCCCACUCCAGAUACAGGGCCGAGAACAUCAUGUUUCUGGAGCUGGACAUGACUCCUCCGAACACCUCCUCGCUGGAUCGUUCCACGGAGGCAGAGCAGAACCAAAGUCGCUCAGUGGACAACUCGCCCACCAAGGACAGGGGCGUCCGCAAGUCUCGCUCCUGGUGUCAGACUCCAAAAUCCAUCGCUUCCUCUUCGUCUAAUGUUUCUCUGGCGGCGUGUCACGCUGCCACACCCACAGCGGCGGCACAGUAAAGCUUUAGCGACAAAGGUUUUUUAUUGAUUAAUAUUAUUAUUAUUAUUAUUUAUUUUUAUUCCUCCUCUGCUUCCUCGUCUUCUUUUCCUCUCCCUCCUUUUGGCCAGUGAUCCUCUGAAAGAUUUCUCAGUGAGGCCGACAGCUGGGACACAAACACCAAACCCUGACAGGUCGUAGACUACCUUUAACGGAGAGCUAAUAAGGAAAUUAUUUCAUGACAGGAAACUAAAUGACCUCAGAAACUCUGUAAAACACCAGUUCCUCCUGCUUCUGUUCUGCAGAUCCAACAGAUCCCCUUUCUUCCCUGCAUGUUUGAGACCAAGAGCCUCGGAUUAUCCUCUGUAAACCACUGGCUGCAGUGCUGUACUGCCCAGACUGUUGUGUGACUGUUGUGUGUGUGUGUGUGUGUGUGUGUGUGUGUGUGUGUGUACAGGGCCUGUUUGUGUUUCUAAUUGUGACCAAUCCAGAACUGAAAGCUCACAGACUGUUUGUAAGAUAUCAGUGUAAAUAUUUCAUGUGUUUUUGGGGGAAGGUUUGAUCUGUUUUCUGUGUCGACGUCAGAGCUCACAGUCCAUUCAGCACAGUAGAAAAUGAUGAUUUACUGUUUUAAUGUGCGCUGUUGUUGGUCAGAUUAGGUAGUCUGAAGCCUGAAUGAUGACCUUUUUAUCAUACCUGUCGUCUCACGUUAUUCCCCCCGUCUCUCCACGGUGUCGAAUUUAUGAGAAAUGCCUUAAAGUAAAGUCAAGAAAAUUAAAAUAUUGAGGCAUGUCACACUUCAAAAAUCAAUCUGCUGGAAUUUCUACUUGACGCAGGGGCACGUUAAAAUCAAGUCAAGUAUCCAAAGUGGAUUAAAUAAUAAUAACGACAAUAGCAGCAUCACUAAUGUGCGUUAAAAUCAGUGCUUUGACACUAAAAUAAUCAUAACUCUAAGGUCUGCUCAGUAGCUUUAUCUGGAGCUGGGUGAAGAUUAGAUGAGAUUAGAUCACUCCAUCAUUUGAAGAAGACCAUAAGAUAUGGCUGAAAGCUCUGAGAAAGCUGAUAUGUGCACCUAACUCACAGUUAACCAUGGGCUUUAAAUGGGUUUUAAACACAUUUAAACAUUAGUUUUGCACAUCAGGACACCUUGUCGUGCUUUAUCCUCUGUCCUGUUUUGUAAUUCAACGUCGCUGAAGUUCAAGAUCGAACACAAACUGAGAUUCCACCUAAACAGACAAGAUGACAAAACUUAGAAAACAUGGUCACACACUGAAGGAUUAAAUGUAGUUUAGUUAAACCAGUGUCCUCAGUGGCCACUUUAUUAGGUACACCUGAAAUCUAAUGCAGCAGCUCAGCUAUAACUUCUACAUUUACAAGAUUUUAUUGUGAUUAUUGUCUGUUAGAAUAUAGUAGAAACAUUUCAGUAUAAUUCAGUCCAACAACACCACCACUGACUACAACCUCAGUAUUUAACAUGACCAUUACAAGCUUCAUAAAAGUAGAAUAUGUGGCAGAGCUGCUGCUGUAAAUGCAGGUAAUUCUUACUUUUUCUCACCACUGUCAGUGAGGAUUUGCUUCCAGUACAUAACCAUGUGAAGUCAGUGUGGCUUCAGACUAUGGGGAACUGUUUUCUGGCUUCUGUGAAAUGACACGGUCGAUUAAAACGUGACUGGAAAAAAGAAAUUAAGAUAGUUUAUAAUGGCUGAAGUGUUUAGAAAGCAGGUGUACAGUCAGGUGUGUCCUUUACCUCCCAGAGGUUGAGCGGAGCAGACCAUGGGGGGGUCAUGCUGACUAAUUAUCACUGUAUUAUUGAUGCCACAGAUCCUGUUGCAGCUGAACCCCCCCUGCAAAGAGCACAGAGCAGACCUUUACUAGUAAAGGUCUAGCAUAUAUUUCCAAUAACCUGCAGGUUUGCAGAUGUUUUUAACUGUUACUGUUACAUGACAUCGUCCUCCUGUGUGAAAAAAAGGUUUCAUGACCCAAACAUCAAAUCCUAUCAUUGAUAUUAUCUGAUAAUAUGACAGAAAUGUGCUUCUUCUUCUUCUUUUGCUCACUUGAGAAGCUGGAGACCAGAUAACAUUUCACAUUUUGACUUUAAAUAUUGUUUCUGUCAGGAAAUACCAAACUCAUCUCUGAGUAAUUCAAACUAAAUACGUGGGAAGAGGUUUUGAAUGAAUUCAAAUCUGCGUUAACCUACUUCCUCCUUCGUCUCGGCCAUUUUACAGACGCACACUGAGGAUUUUUUUGUGUUUAGUCAUCAGUAUCUGGGUACAUAAUUGACCCAGUUUGUUAUGGAAAAAAUAAGACUUGAAAUACUCAGAGGAUUCAUCCAGAUUUCCAUGUUUGUGCUGUGUAAUAGAGGUUAUAAAAAACAUGCAACUAUACCUUUAAUUUGGUGAACGUACACAGGAAGACAUUGUACAUUUAUUUGGAAAUAUUUUAAAUAUUUUAAAGAUCCAUCAGGUCAUAUUUCAGGAAAAGACAUUAAAACAGGAAAAUAUAGAGCAAAUGAUGUCUGAAAACAGCUCCUCUAAAUGUUUAGAGUAGUGUGUGGUUUAUUUGCACCGUGUCGCCUCUGCUGCCUCAGAAUAUAUGUGAGUUUUCCGGACGUGUAUAAACAUUUUUGUCAUAUUAUUCAGUAAGAAAAAAUGUCCAUGUACGUUUCCCAUCCGUGUCAGGGCUGUAAAAUAUUGUAUAAACGUGUGUGUGAGGGGCUGUGAUGGGGGAGGGGAGGACGGAGGAUGCUGAUAGAACGAGGUGGGGAGGGGGAUGGACGGAUACAGGAAUCCAAAGACAAUCAGGAAGUGACUGUGGAGGAGCCUGUUUCCAUGGUAACCUGCCAGUAAAAGGGGUGUGGGGGUGGGGUGUGUGUGUGUGUGGGGGGGGUUAUGUAUAUGUAUGUAUGUAACAUUGUGGGCCGGUCCGGCUGCAAAAAAAAAAAAGAAAGAAAAAUCCAAUAAAGACACUGUCACAGGC